CUUUAUUAGAAAAUUUUACCUCUCGUCUGACCUUCCUGGCCAAAUCUAAAUUUAGUCGGACCCAAAUACGAAUACUUUGAGCCAAGAAAAAAAAUCUUCACCUAAUAGCCUCCAAAAACAAAUAGAAAAGCUUUUCUGUUUCAUUGCUUUCACAGUAAUACAGCUAUUCCCCACUUUUUUCUUGGAAGAAAAAUCUGGAAACUCAAAGUUUCCACUGUCUCUCUUCAAUGUACAUCUAUAUAUAUAUUUAAAUAAAUAUUAUUACUUGCAUUACACAGUAUAUAAUCUUUGAUUAAUCAUUUUUCACCUGACCCUUUUUCAUAUUCUUGAUAUUCUCUGUUUCUCUGGUUCACAAAGCUUUCAACAACUUUUUAAGUGAAAAAAAUAAAAAUUCCAAUUUGGUUCUCAAAAAAAUACCAUUUUUUUUUUUUUGGUUGAAACUGAUAUAAAUAGAAAUGUGUGUGCAAGAUUCAGAUGAAGUGAGUGAAGAUAUGGAGAAUUUGGACAUUUCCAAGACUGAUUGUAGUGAAAAGAUGAGAUCUGAAUUAUCAAAUACCAAUAAAGAGAAAUUUGAAAAGAAUUCAUCUUCUAGCUGUGCUGUGAUGAGAAAUUCAUUCCCAAUGGAAAGUAUAUCUGAGGAUAUGACUAUUGCAGACCAUAAGCAGAUCAAUAUAUUCCUUCCAACUCUUAGGUCUGGAGAGUGGUCUGACAUUGGAGGCCGUCAUGAUAUGGAAGAUACUCACAUCUGUAUCUCAGACUUGGCUAAGAAAUUUGGUCAUAGUAUGCUUGAUGAGGAAGCUAUUUCCUUCUAUGGAGUCUUUGAUGGCCAUGGUGGGAAGGGAGCAGCACUCUUUGUACGUGAUUGCUUACCAAGAAUUAUCGUUGAGGACGCAGAUUUUCCUUUGAAGCUCGAAAAAGUGGUCACAAAAUCUUUUUUGGAGACUGAUGCUGCCUUUGCCAAGUCAUCCUCCCUCGAUGCUGCCUUGUCCUCGGGCACAACUGCACUCACUGCUAUGAUUUUUGGAAGAUCAUUACUCGUGGCAAAUGCUGGCGAUUGUCGAGCUGUACUCUCUCGAGGUGGACUGGCUAUGGAAAUGUCAAAGGAUCACAGACCUUGUUGUGUCAAUGAAAGAACACGUGUUGAGUCCUUGGGUGGAUUUUUCGAUGAUGGUUAUUUGAACGGACAGUUGGGCGUGACCCGAGCAUUGGGCGAUUGGCACAUAAAGGGACUGAAGGAAGUCGAAAAGGGUGGACCAUUGAGUGCUGAACCUGAACUAAAACUACUUACAUUAACAAAGGAGGAUGAAUUCUUGAUCAUCGGUAGUGAUGGAAUAUGGGACUUUUUUAGAAACCAAAACGCAGUGGAUUUCGCCCGGAGGAGACUGCAAGAACAUAACAACGUAAAAUUAUGCUGCAAGGAAAUAGUAGAUGAGGCCAAAAAACGUGGUGCUAUUGACAACUUAACAGUAGUCAUGGUGUGUUUUCACUCCGAACCACCGCCACCUAUCGCAUUCCAAAGAUCAAGAAUUAGGAAGUGUAUCUCUGCCGAAGGGCUUCAAAAUCUGAGAUCUUUGCUCGAAGGGUAGAGAACGAAUUCGCCUUUGUAAAUAUCUGUGAGGUAGGAUUUGUUCUUUCCUUGUAACGUUCCAAUUUAGAAGUGAAGCAGAUGGAAUAAAAGCUUGAGGGAGAGAUGAGCAAGCUAUUGAACCAAAAAUUCGUAUAUAAUUCAUUCUUAAAUUGUAUGCUCGCUUUUCACUAAAGGGCACACAUCUGUACUCAUUUUCUGGUAGCAGAAACUUUUAGAUUCAUCGAUGAGGAAUAAAAGGCUUAGACAAAAUUGGGA